AUGUAUAUUUACUCAAAUACAAGCUCUCCUGUUCAAGCACAGCGCAGGUCCUAUGUUUGGAAAGCGGACCCUGAACGACUUCAGGAGAAUUUUUCUAUUUGUCAGCUGCUCGCUGCUCGUUGCGCAAAGAGAGGAUGCGUUUUGUCUCUUCAGCGCACACCUGGAACAAGGAAACAGUGAGAGCUUUUAGUUGUUUUUAAAGAUCUUUGUGUUUUUGCUGGUGUUGUUGUUUUUUUGAAGCAGAAGCAGAAGCAGAAGCAGAAGUGAAGGACUAUUUCCUUGUGUUGCAUUUUUCUUUAAAAAAUAAAAUAAAAAAGGAAUCCAAGUGGAAUAUGCGCUUUUUCCUCGGUAACUGGACUUGAUGUGCGUUUAGAUUGUGACCCGGUAGCACCACCUGUGACACCUGCAGGGCAGUACAAGAGUCAAAUCUGGUUGUCAACUGCCCCAAAGUCCUUGAAGAAACGUCUCAGGACUUUUGCGCUGCGGACGCACUGAUCUUUUCUAUAUUUUUUGCAUGUUUUUGAUCAUUUUUCUGAUCAGCACCAUUGUCACAAGUUGCUGACAAGAGCAGCCACGAUCAACUUUGGCACGUUUCAGUGUUCAGUGGUUUUACGCACAGAAAGGAGACGCUCAAAGCUCAAGCCGAGGCCGAGGCAGGCGCACGGACCAGCAUCAGGUUCUGUUAGAAGAUUAAAAGUCCAACCAUCAAAAUGACGGACGGUCCAAGACAACGAAGCAGCACGGCGGGAUCCUCCAAGGAUGCUGCCGGUGAGGAGUCGGGAGGUGGAGUUGCGCUCAAGAAAGAAAUCGGGCUUGUGAGCGCCUGCGGCAUUAUUGUUGGUAACAUUAUCGGCUCAGGUAUCUUCGUCAGUCCGAAGGGAGUGAUGGAGAACGCCAGCUCCGUUGGCGUGGCCUUGUUCGUCUGGAUCAUCACGGGUGUCAUCACCGCCAUCGGGGCGUUGUGCUACGCCGAGCUGGGUGUCACCAUCCCCAAGUCUGGGGGAGACUACUCAUACGUCAAGGACAUCUUCGGAGGGCUGGCUGGGUUCCUGCGUCUGUGGAUCGCUGUGCUGGUGAUCUACCCGACCAACCAGGCUGUGAUUGCGCUGACCUUUUCCAACUACGUCCUGCAGCCUCUAUUCCCCACAUGCUUCCCGCCAGAGAAUGGCCUGCGUCUGCUGGCUGCCGUCUGCCUCCUGCUGCUGACAUGGGUGAACUGCUCCAGUGUGAGGUGGGCCACCAGGGUGCAGGACAUGUUCACCGCCGGCAAGCUGCUGGCCCUUGGCCUCAUCAUCAUCAUGGGCAUCGUGCAGAUCUGCAAGGGAGAAUACUACUGGUUGGAGCCAGCCAAUGCCUUCGAGCCUUUCCAGGAGUACGAUGUGGGUUUGAUAGCCUUAGCCUUCCUACAAGGCUCCUUCGCCUACGGAGGUUGGAACUUCCUCAACUACGUCACGGAGGAGCUGGUGGAUCCCUACGUGAACCUUCCCCGUGCCAUCUUCAUCUCCAUCCCCCUCGUGACCUUCGUUUACGUCUUUGCCAACAUCGCCUACGUCACGGCCAUGAGCCCCCAGGAGCUGCUGGCCUCAAACGCCGUUGCCGUGACGUUUGGUGAGAAGCUGCUGGGAGUCAUGUCGUGGAUCAUGCCCAUCUCUGUGGCUCUCUCCACCUUCGGGGGAGUCAACGGUUCCCUCUUCACCUCUUCACGAUUGUUCUUUGCUGGAGCCAGAGAGGGCCACCUCCCCAGUCUGCUGGCCAUGAUUCACGUGAAACGCUGCACUCCCAUCCCUGCUCUGCUCUUCACUUGCCUGUCCACCCUACUUAUGCUGUGCACCAGCGACAUGUACACUCUCAUCAACUACGUGGGAUUCAUCAACUACCUCUUCUAUGGAGUCACUGUCGCCGGGCAGAUUGUGCUGCGUUAUAAACAGCCCGACAUGCACAGACCAAUCAAGAUCAGCCUGAUAUGGCCGGUCAUUUACCUCAUCUUCUGGGCCUUCUUGCUCAUCUUCUCCCUUUACUCCGAGCCCGUGGUGUGCGGCAUCGGCCUGGCCAUCAUGCUGACGGGCGUCCCCGUCUAUUUCCUCGGAGUCUACUGGGACAAUAAGCCACAGUGCUUCGACGCCUUCGUCAAUAAGAUGACAUACCUGGGCCAGAAGUUCUGUGUGGUGGUUUAUCCGGCCGAAACCAGUAGCAGUGGGAGCGGAGAGGAAGGAGAGGAAAUGAAGGAGGCCAGGUCUCCUCUGUCCAAGAACGAAGAGGACAACCACAAGUCAGCGGACUGCUAAAACGUCUUUAUCUCCGGCACCUGGCCCCAAAAUAAACAGACAGACUCACAUGUGGGUGUGCACAACACAGUUUGUAGUGGAUAUAACUGAUCAACACUCGUGCCCUCUCUCUCACACACACACACUUUGUCUCUGAUAUUUUUUAUUUGGGUUUUUUCAGCAACAUUUCAAUCAAUCAUUUCUGUGCCAAACGUAGUUUAGAGUCAUAUGACCUCCAACUUUUCUUGUACAGGGUCUUUCAAAAGUGCAAUAAAGAAGCUCCUCAAUAAUAAAAACACAUUUAACCGUUCAAUACUUUUCAUCCUCGUCGUCGUCGUCGUUGUCGUCAUCACCCUGCUCUUCUCCACUACACACUCCCUGCACACUCCUACUGUAAGGACUUUACUGCACGGUGAUACGACAAACACUUAACUGUAAAAUGUUGCGUUGUCUUCAUCCAUUCAACACACCAAAGCUGUAUUUUGAUUGUCGAAGGCCGAAAAUCUGAUUCAGAUCAAGUCAUUUCAUGUCAUGAAGUACACCAAGUACUGUGUUUUGUUUUGAAAGGUGACUGUGAUUCCGAGAGGUUUUUUUUUCUUCUUUUAUUUUUUAUAAUUGUGAUAAUUGUUUAUAUCAUGUCGCUAUUUUAGUUUUAAUAUGUUAAAUUUAGUUUUGUUGAUAUUCAUUUUUUUCUAUUCAAAGUCAUAUACACCUUGACCCUUUUCCUUUUUUUUUUUUUACUCUUGCAACAACCGUGAAAGCUGAUGUGUGCUGGAAAACUGUGCACAGUUCUUUGUUAAUUGCCUUAAUUAGAAAAUAUUCUGUAUUUGGGUGCCGCUGCAGCUCCUUCGUGAUGUUUUUAACGUUUAUGGAAGAAACAGUGUCAGUUAUGGAUUUUUUUUUUUUUUUUAUGUAUGGACACUACACAGAUAAACAACCCAUUAUAACUGCAAGUCCAGCAUGGACAUACGGUAGAUGACUAGAAAGGAUAAACAGAUAGAUACAUGAUGGAUUCCUACACCGACACACGUGAAUGCCUGUGUUUUAUGGCAGAAAAUAUUUUUGUAGCUUACCAUCCAGCUUUUUUUUUUUUGUUCUUUUAUUUAGGAUGUAGAAAUAAGAGCUUUGCAUAAAAAAAAUAUAUUAAAAAAAUAUUUUUGAUUCAUGCAAUUCACUAGAAGAGAUUUUAGUGCAAUAUUAGUACAGGCACCAGCAAAGAACACGCACCCAAGUGAACCCAUUCUAUGUCGUCUGGUAAUAGUUAUGUAUCUAUACUUAUGCUGUAUAUUAUAGUAACAACACUCUUGCAUACAUGAACGCACACAUUGUGUACUCUUGUACCUUCGGUCUUUCUAUAAUCUAUUAGUCUCUCAGGGCAUCCCCACUGCCUUCUCCAUACAGACACUGCCUAAAACUCAACCGAUCUUUGCUAAAAAUGCCUGUACUGGUGCUUUUAGAGAUUUAUUUCCUCAGGAUCUUACAAGCUAUCAAAAGGAACAGGCAUUCGCAGACAUGCAUGAAUAAAUAUAACUACCGAGAAAGUAUGGUUAAAGUUAAGCCAGUAUCGUGUAUGUUUCUCUUGUUAACUGUAAGGGGGAACAGGGUGUCUUGGAUGUCUUUACAAGUACAAUGAUUGUGUUUUGUGCCUGUACGGUUAUUGUGUAUUUCCAGUAUACACAGAUGUCAUGACAGACUGUAUAUUGUCUCUUAGUAAAUAAAAAAAAAA